AUGGCGGUGCCGGUGCCGGCGGAGGCGGGGGGAGGCCGGCAGCGGGCCCUGGCCGCCGGCUCGCCCGUGGAUUACAUGAGCAUCACCAGCUUCCCCCGGCUGCCUGAGGAGGAGGCGGGCGGCGCGGCCGAGGGCGGCCUCCGCGCCCGGAAGGAGGAGGACGCGUUCCUGGGCGAGCAGGACACGGACCCAGACUCCUUCCUGAAGUCUGCGCGUCUCCAGCGCCUGCCCUCGUCCUCAUCGGAGAUGGGAAGCCAGGACGUGUCCCCUCUCCAGGAGACCAGCAAGGACCCUUUUUCUGGAGACUGCAGCUGCCGGCAGGAUGGGCUGACUGUCAUCAUCACUGCCUGCCUGACCUUCGCCACGGGGGUCACGGUGGCCCUGAUCAUGCAGAUCUAUUUUGGGGACCCUCAGAUCUUCCACCGUGGCGCCGUGGUCACGGACGCUGCCCGCUGCACGGCGCUGGGCAUAGAGGUGCUCAACAAGCAGGGCUCCUCGGUAGACGCAGCCAUCGCCUCGGCCCUCUGCGCGGGAAUUGUCAACCCCCACACGUCGGGGAUCGGCGGGGGUGGGGUGAUGCUGGUCCACGACAUCCGGAAGAACAGGAGCUGGGUGAUCGACUUCCGCGAGGUGGCUCCCCUGGGCAUCCCACUGGAGGGGGACCUGCAGAAGGACACCAAGCCAGGUCUGCUCGUGGGGGUGCCAGGCAUGAUACAAGGAAUGCACCAGGCGCACCAGUUACAUGGGAGACUCCCGUGGUCUGAGCUGCUGGGCCUCGUGGCCGGUGUCGCGCAGGAUGGGUUUAAUGUCACGCAUGAUUUGGCCAAAGCCAUAAGUGAACUGAAGGACCUGAACUACUCUGAAAAAUUUCGAGAGAUCUUCCUGCCGGACGGCCAGCCUUUGCUGCCUGGCAUGUUUGUCAGGCGCCUGGACCUCGCGGCCGUCCUGGAGCUGGUGGGGGCGGAAGGGGUGGCAGCUUUCUACAGCAGCAACUUGACCCAGGAGAUAAUCUCCGAGGUCCACAACUAUGGAGGAGUCUUGGUGGAGGAAGACUUCAGCAAUUACAGUGUCACAGUGGAGAAUCCCGUCCACACAGUCUAUCGAGGUCAUCUUGUUUUCAGUCCCCCACCUCCACAUGCAGGUCCUGCGCUGAUCACAGCACUGAACAUCCUUGAGGGCUUUAACAUCACAAGUCAAGUAUCCAGGGGGAAUAUCUUGCACUGGAUGGCAGAGACAUUAAAAAUAGCCCUGAGUCUAGCUAGCAACCUGGGAGACCCAUCUGAUGAUAUGUCCGUCACUCACGCUGCAGAAGGCAUGGUGAGUAAAUCAGAAGCUAAUUCCCUGCGCCAGCUGAUUAAUGACUCCCAGUCCUUCUCGUCUGAUCUCCGCAUGCCUCACUUCUCCAUGGAGAGCGGACCUGCUGCUAGCCAGGUCCUUGUCAUGGGACCCGAUGACUUCAUUGUUGCGGUUGUAAGUUCUUUGAAUCGUCCCUUUGGCAGUGGAAUAAUAACACCCUCUGGAGUCCUCCUGAACAGCCAGAUGUUGGACUUCUCCUGGCAAAAUAAAACAAUGAACCACUCCAUUCCCAGGCCGCAAAAUCUCAUUCAGCCUCGGAAACGGCCCCUGUCUUUCCUGUUGCCCACCAUCGUCAGACCAUCCGAGGGGAUGUGCGGGACGUACCUGUGUCUGGGAGCUAACAACGGGGACAAAGCCUUGAGCAGCAUCGUUCAGGUUUUGGUAAAUGUUUUAACAUUUAACAAGAAUCUGAGUGAAAGUUUGUCACUUGGUCGACUUCACCCACAGCUUCAGUCCAACACCUUGCAGGUUGACAGUGAGUUUCCUGAAGAAGAUAUUGAAUUUCUUGUAGCCAGAGGCCAUCAAGUGGAUAAAGUCAAAGUGGUCUCCCUAGUUCACGGGGCCAGGAGAACCAACAGUUUCAUCAUUGGCCUGAAGGACCCCAGAAGCGUGGAUGCUGCCGGAGCCACAAUAUUGUAGCACCUCCCAGAUGACUUGUUCACUGAACAAGGCUUCGACAAAUCAACCCAAGUGACGUGCAUGUUCUGAAAUGGCCCCUUCUCCAUCCCUGGGGCGGGAGCCCCGCAUACACACUGCUGAGUAGACUUUCUGCAUUCUCCACCCAGGACAACACCAGAGGGGUUAU